AUGCAAGCUCUGCCUAGAAGUAUCUUCCAGACACAAUUCUCUAGUAUACGUAUCAUCUCAACUGCAUUCAAAGGCGCAUCAUUCCACAACACCAGAUACAACAACAUUGGAACAAGAACCAUGGCUUCUGCUACCAGCGUUUAUGAUUUCAAGCCGCUUGAUAAGAAAGGCCAACCAGUCCCACUGGAAAACUACAAAGGCAAAGUCCUCCUCAUCGUGAACACAGCCUCGAAAUGUGGUUUCACGCCCCAAUACGAGGGGUUAGAGAAAUUGUAUAAAUCCGUCAAGGAGAAACAUGGCGACGAAUUCGAAAUCCUCGGCUUCCCCUGCAACCAAUUCGGCGGGCAAGAGCCUGGCUCUGACGAAGAAAUCCAAUCCUUCUGCCAGCUCAACUACGGCGUCUCCUUCCCCAUCCUGGGCAAGACAGACGUCAACGGCGACAAAGCCAACCCGCUCUUCGAGUGGCUCAAGGAGGAGAAGCCGGGCAUCUUGGGCUUGAAGCGCGUCAAGUGGAACUUUGAGAAGUGGCUGAUUGGCAAGGAUGGCAAGGUUAAGGGACGCUGGGCUAGUACUACCAAGCCGGAGAGUUUGGAGAAGCCGAUUGAGGCGGAGUUGAAGACUGGGGAGGUUAAGGGGGAGGAGGUUAAGGCUGAUUUGUGA